UAACCAAAAUUGUAAAUGGCUGCCAGCGUCAUUGAUAAGAAGAAGUCGGGUAUCUAGUUAUUAUACAAUAUAUCUAUUAUCUGUGGCCCUACUUUAGACAUAUAGUGCCAUAGGGCAAUAUAAUAUGUUUUUUAUAUCUGAGGAGUCAACUUGUAUCUUAUUCUUAUCAAUAAAUACAAAAUAACAACGAUGCAGAAUAUUGCAAUAGUUAAAUAAUUAAUGUUUGCCGUUUGGUAAAUUGAUGUUACUGUAUCAAUCAAAUGAAAGUGUUAAAUAUUGUAUGGAAAUCUUUUACAAUCGUAAUUUUUUUAAUUUUAAUUUUAAACUAUUUUUUAACUAUUAAUUAUUUUGUGAAAAAGUUCUCGGUAAAAGGAGGAUACUUAUAGGUAGUUAAAACGGCAAAACCCAUUUUUUUUUUCGCUGGUGUCGGGACUGCGGCUAAUGGAAUAUGGAAGAAGACAAAGGAGGCAUUACAUUUGUAAAUUGCAUUGGUUCAGACAUUAAUAUAUUUAAAAAACUACCAUAUGAAGAUAAUUAUGAAUGUGAAACUUGUUUACUGUAUGAUGAACCUGAAUAUCAUAUUGAUGAUCCUGAGUAUGUUAAUACUACUUGGAAAUUUUUUGAUAAUAUAACUAAGAGAUAUCUAUUAGGGAAUGGGAAAGAAAUUUUUCAUUACCAAAAAUAUGAAUGCCCUCCACUAAUAGUUAAAAUUAACACUCCGUUAUAUACUUUACAAGAACUUUGCAAAUAUACAAUUUCCACAAGACUUUUAUUUAACAAUAUAAGUAAUACAGAAAUCGAUGAAAUGGAAUUACCCGAACAGUUUAAAACUGAUAUAAAAAGUUGUGUACAGAAAUUAGAAGAAAGGUAUGAAGCAGAUGAAGAUAAUUGUAAUCAAGAUUGGACAGUAUACCAUGAAGAAGAAUACCAUUAAAAUGUUUUAAUUAGACAUAUAUAUUUUAUUAUACACAUUUUACUCUUUAUUUUUAAAUAUUAUAUUAUUU